CCUCAAACUGAAAGUGAAAAUUGGGAAAAUGAGCAUUGAUGUAGCGAGGGAGGGAUGUAUUUAUACUUCUUGUUAUUGUGAAGAAAAUGUUUGGUGUUUGUGUGAUAAAAUACGAAGAGAUUACCCUGACAAGAUCGAGAGGUGCUAUUGCAUAUUUAUAUCCAACAAGAAAAGAGCGAUUCCAUUUUGGAGACAGAGAGCAAGUAAAAGAGAAGAUGGUCAAGUCUUUUGGGAUUACCAUGUUAUAUUUGUCUACCAACCCUCAGACUCGCAUACACUGGUCUAUGACCUUGACACCACCUUGACAUUUCCCUGUGACUUCAGGAGAUAUUAUGAGGAAUCUAUCAAAGAUGAUAGACAUUUUAAACCAGAAUAUCAGAGAUUGUUUCGAGUUAUACAGGCAGCUGAAUUCUUGCAAACUUUUGCAUCAGACAGAUCACACAUGUUGACCCAGGAUGGUCACUGGAUGUCCCCUCCUCCUGCCUAUCCCCCAAUUAAAACAGAAGAAUGUUCCAACAACAUUCAGGAAUUCAUAUCUAUGGAAAAAGAAUAUAACCAUGGAGUUGUUCUCAAUUUAGAAGAUCUUCUUGAGAAGUUUAUGGGCAACAGUAACAACACUUAAAGUGAAAAUAUACAUGCAUAGUUCUCCACAAGCACUGUGAUAUUUAUUUUAUUUACUAGUCUUUUAAUGUACUUUUCAUAUAUUUGUAACAUUGUUUCUGUUGUUGGAACAUUCUACUGUAACUGUGUAAUUCAUAUACAGUGAAACCUACACCUUCUGUCUCAAACUUGACUGGACCGAGAAAAAACAUCCAAGAUAUAUAUCAGAGAUUCAAGAUAUUAAGGUUCAAUAUGUCCAUAGUAUUCAAGAUAUCGAUGUUUGAGAUAAAGAUCAA